AUGUUUUUAUCGUCUGCAUCUUCAUCAAUAAUGGCCUCUGUAUCUCGCAGAAUGGCACUAUCAAUGGCAACAAGGUCCGUAUUGAUUCAUACUCCAACAAGACUUUUAUCAUCCACAACAAGAAACAUGAACAAGACCAAGACUAACGAGAUAAUGGAAACAUCAAAUCUCACAUGGUCCGAUUUCUUCAAACUAAGGAAGCAACAGCGUAGAAUCAAUGUUGGUUCCUCCGCAGUAACAGCCCUUUUAGGUUGUAACAUCUCAUGGGCUUAUUUAUCCACCAUGGAAAUUGAUCCAACACAGAUGAUAUUCGGGUUUGACCCACUAGUGGUAGUCUCUGCAGGGCUAAUUGCAUCAGGUGCCUUAGGUUAUCUAUUUGGUCCAUUGAUAGGCUCACAGGUUUUUAGAGUAUCUCAUAGGAAAUCAUUGGGAGAAUUUAAUUUGAAAAAUAAGGAAUUCUUAAAACAUAUCAUUGGUAAUAGAGUCGAUGCAUCUUCACAAAGUUUUAGUAACCCUGUGCCCGAUUAUUAUGGUGAGAAGAUUGGGUCAUUGAAGGAAUAUAGACAAUGGCUAAGAGAUUGUCAUGCCUAUGCAAGAAAGGCUAAAGAAUUCCUAUAA